UCAUGUUUACAUUUUAGUUUUUGGCUUUCACCCCCACCAGUGACCAAAGACUUGACCACUCAAAGUCCAGCUCCCCAGAACACUGCUAGACAUGGACACCGGUGUGAUUGAAGGUGGAUUAAAUGUCACUCUCACCAUCCGGCUACUUAUGCAUGGCAAGGAAGUUGGCAGUAUCAUCGGAAAGAAAGGAGAAUCAGUUAAGAAGAUGCGCGAGGAGAGUGGUGCACGUAUCAACAUCUCAGAAGGGAAUUGUCCUGAGAGAAUAAUCACUUUGGCUGGACCUACUAAUGCCAUCUUCAAAGCUUUUGCUAUGAUCAUUGACAAACUGGAAGAGGACAUUAGCAGCUCUAUGACCAAUAGCACAGCUGCCAGUAGACCCCCAGUCACCCUGAGGCUGGUGGUCCCUGCUAGUCAGUGUGGCUCUCUCAUUGGAAAAGGUGGUUGCAAGAUCAAGGAAAUUCGAGAGAGUACAGGGGCUCAGGUCCAGGUGGCAGGGGAUAUGCUCCCCAACUCUACUGAGCGGGCCAUCACUAUUGCUGGCAUUCCGCAAUCCAUCAUUGAGUGCGUCAAACAGAUCUGCGUGGUCAUGUUGGAGACUCUCUCCCAGUCCCCCCCGAAGGGCGUGACCAUCCCGUACCGGCCCAAGCCGUCCAGUUCUCCAGUCAUCUUUGCAGGUGGUCAGGACAGGUACAGCACAGGCAGCGACAGUGCGAGCUUUCCCCACACCACCCCGUCCAUGUGCCUCAACCCUGACCUGGAGGGACCACCUCUAGAGGCCUAUACCAUUCAAGGACAGUAUGCCAUUCCACAGCCAGAUUUGACCAAGCUGCACCAGUUGGCAAUGCAACAGUCUCAUUUUCCUAUGACGCAUGGCAACACCGGAUUCAGUGGCAUUGAAUCCAGCUCUCCAGAGGUGAAAGGCUAUUGGGCAGGUUUGGAUGCAUCUGCUCAGACUACUUCUCAUGAACUCACCAUUCCAAAUGAUUUGAUUGGCUGCAUCAUCGGGCGUCAAGGCGCCAAAAUCAAUGAGAUCCGUCAGAUGUCUGGGGCGCAGAUCAAAAUUGCGAACCCAGUGGAAGGAUCUACUGAUAGGCAGGUUACCAUCACUGGAUCUGCUGCCAGCAUUAGCCUGGCUCAAUAUCUAAUCAAUGUCAGUUUAGAAAACGCUAAACCCUCCUCCCAGGCAGCCUCCGUCACGAUCCCUGAUCACCUCAGCAUCAACCUCUCUCAACCCUCCACCCCUUCUUCUUCUUCUUCCUCCUCCACCACCACCCCCUCGCUCGCCACAGCGGGGACCUCCGACGCACCCUCCAGCCUCCCCAACCCUCUUCCGACCGCCCCUUGUGUCUCCAGUCUGCUUGGCAUGAAACCCAUCCCUCUCCUGGCUCUAAAUGUUGUGUCUGCUGCUAAGGGUACCGGGGCUUCAGCUACCACCACCACCACCACUGCCGUGCCAUGUGUAACUAACAAACUGAAAGGCGAGAAACAGAGAUUCUCUCCCUACUGAUUGCAUAUUUUGAGGCACCUCCUCAAGAAUUUCUUGAUUUAUUUUGUUUUCCUUUGUUAACCAUUGGUGAGAACCAAACUAUUGUGAGCUUGUGACGAUUUCCUUUUUACUGGGGGAUAACUGGGUGGGGGUGGGGCAGUAGUAAUUCUUGUUUAAGUUUAGGCUAUUUCAGCUGAGUGCCUGUUUCAGAGUCUGACUUGUUGAAAUCUUUAUCUAGAGCCAUAGUUUUUGCUCUUCUUUCUCAUUCUGUUAUCUUUUUUGUAGCUUUAUUCUGCCUUGCAAUAUAACAAUGUGUUAGGCUCUGUGUUAAUGAAUAAAAGCUUCUCCGUUAAUCUUUUUUUUUUUUUAAUUAUUUAAUGGUUGAGCUACCAGGCCUUCUUGGCCAGAUUUGUGUUUAGCUGUAAUAAAGUUGCCACAGUAAGAACCUUAGUUCAUGUGUACUGUGAGGGGUAAAGGGGUGGGAACUUGUGACCUGUGGCUACUCUACUAGGAAUUCUAUACAACUGACUUCAGCCUUUCCAUAUCCCAGAUGAAUUAUAUAAUCCAUUGUCAGUGUUCCCACAAAGAGAGAUGGGCCUGUGCCAGUUAAGAUGCUGAGGGCCCUUCAUGACUGGCAAGUAACUUUGUUAGUGAAGGACAGUUUUAUCUUGACUUCUCAGAUCCCUUACUUUGUCAACAGCAGUAAGUAAUAAGGAUAUCUAUCCCAGGCUGUUUCCUCUGGUGAAUGGUUACUGUGAGGCUCUCUUCCAGGGCAAAUUACAAGAACGAAGAAUUUAAUUCUUUACUCAGAGUGAGGAAGCGAGGUAGAAUAACUCUAAUAGUCAGUUUCUGUCUGCAUUCCUCUAAACUAGCAUUAAUUACCCUCUUCUGUGACAUUAGGUAAAUCUUGAAUAACUACACUGUGACACUGCCCAGAACUUGACAAGAUGCUGUCCAGUCAUUUUAAACCAACUCUGAUUAGUCAACCAAGUUAUUUUACCCUCCUUUUCCCUAUCCACCCUUCUCCCUACCAACACUAUCAUGAGUAUGAAAAUAUAUACCUAGGGUUGAGAAAAAUCUUAAAUCUGGAAUUAAUCAGUCUUCUCAUUUAACAGGUAAAGAAAGAGGCCCUAGGAUCAUUUUAAUUGUUGAUCGGUUGAGUGACUAAUCAGGACUAUCACCUUAUGCUUUACUUUGAUAUGUACAGGUCUCUCUUUAAAAUGCAGGUUGAGACCCCUCUGGUAGUUUUUAGCCAAAGUACUGAAAGUGUAAUGCUCUUUCCAGUGCAUUUGAGAAUUUAUUGUGUAGAGAUUUUCCCCCGAUAAUCUUUUCCAGUGUCUCCUUUGGUUGACAUUAUUUAAAAACAAAAUAAAACAAAAAACAACUACUCAUGAAUAUUCUUUUGUAUUAUAUAUCUUGUUCUCUGGUGGUGUUGUGGCCCCCUCCUAGGUUGGGCCUGUGAAUUAAUAGGUACAUGCCCCAAAUCUGCAUGACGCACUGGAUGAGCAAACCUCUAUUUCAUUGUCCUUGUAGGGGUUUUCUUGUUAGUUGUUCCUUUAUCAGAUGGUCCAGAUCGCCUUGGUAAGCUUCUUGUAGGAUUCAAUCAUGAUGAGAUUUUAUUUUGUCUAGUUCUUGCUUGGAAGUCCUCUUAACCUAAUAAAUAUUUCCGAAGGAAAUACUGCUGGGAAAGAAU